UGUGUGGUUUAGUGGUGACGUGCCACGCUGCCGGGACUAUAACUAACGCGCGCGGACAGAUCACACGCGCAAACACAGCUCGUCGAUCUCCACAGACGCACGAGGACCCGCUCUCCGUCCACCUCGCGCUCUCCUCCACACACGCGCACGCACUCGCUGGCGCGCUGCAUGCUCGUGCUAGAGGCGCACUUGUGGCUCACCUCUCAGCGCUCAGCCGUGCUCCUGAGCGCGCGCUCUCGGAAGUGGCAGCGCGAGGACGAUGAUGAUGAACUCCACUGAAGGGAACGGCACGGAAGGCUCCGGCGCGCAGCUCGCCCUGGAGAUUGGAGCUGAAAACGUGGCCACUCUGUUGGUGUUUGCGCUGAUCUUUGCAUUGGGCCUGCUGGGCAACGCUGUGGUCAUCACGGUGCUGGCCCGCAGCCGGCCGGGCCGAGCCCGCAGCACCACCAACAUCUUCAUCCUGAAUCUGAGCGUGGCCGACCUGUCCUACCUGCUCUUCUGCGUGCCCUUCCAGGCCACCGUCUAUGUUUUGCCCACUUGGGUGCUGGGCGCCUUCGCCUGCAAGUUUGUCCACUACUUUUUCACCGUCUCCAUGCUGGUCAGCAUCUUCACGCUGUCUGCCAUGUCUGUGGACCGCUACGUGGCCAUCGUACGCGCACGCAGCUCCUCGUCUGUGCGCGUGGCCCGGAAUGCCCUGCUGGCUGUCCUGGUCAUCUGGCUGUUGUCUCUGGCCAUGGCGGGACCAGUUGCCUAUUACCAACGUAUCAUCGAACGAGCAGACAAUGCCACCUACUGCUGGGAGCUGUGGCCACAGGCGCAUCACAAGAAGAUCUACGUGGUGUGCACCUUCGUGUUCGGAUACGUGUUGCCACUGCUGCUUAUCUCAUUCUGCUAUGCCAGGGUUUUAAAUCACUUGAGCAAAAAGCUCAAAAACAUGUCCAAAAAAUCUGAGGCUUCUAAAAGGAAGACGGCGCAGACGGUGUUAGUGGUAGUGGUGGUUUUUUGUCUCUCCUGGCUUCCCCACCAUGUGGUGCACCUGUGGGUGGAGUUUGGCUCCUUCCCCCUAAACCAGGCCUCCUUCAUUUUUCGGGUGGUUGCCCACUGCCUCGCCUACAGCAACUCCUCCGUCAACCCCAUCAUCUAUGCCUUCCUCUCUGAAAACUUCAGAAAGGCCUACAAGCAGGUGUUCAAGUGCCAAAUCACCAGUGAGUCGCCACUAAAUGACAUCAAGGAGGUCCGCAGUAAAGCUGAAACCCCUCCCUCCACUAACUGCACUAAUGUCUGAUGUGUUUCAGGGUUUUGGAGCAGACUGGAGGAUUAGGACUGUCUACAAAGCCUGAAAAUUAAAGCUGCAUAAUACUGGGGCUGAUCCUUAUAGUAUAAACUCUGUGCUUGACCCUGCCAGUGUGAUGCUGUUGACAUUAUUCCACAAACAUUUCUCUCAUUCUUUCAGCUUCUUUGGAGUUAGUGGUGGAAAAAAUCAGAUUUUCCCAAAUAGCCCGUAAAUGUAGUCAGUCUGCAGGAUAUGUUUGGUAUUUGAUCUGUAAAACUGACAAUAAUGGAGGCUAUAACUAAAAUGUGUCAUGCACUUGAAAAAAAAAAAGUGUGUCAUGCACUUAAGUCAGAGAAUCCACUUAAGCAAAUCUACUUAGGUGUGUGUGAGGAUUAAAGCAUGGUAACACCGUGGUGGGCCGGAAGGUUGCCAAUUUGAUCUUCUCGGCUGACAGUCCGUGACUGAGGUGUCCUUGAGCAAGACACCUAACUCUCAGUUGCUCCCCAGAUGCCGUAGAUAUGGCUGCUCACCGCUCCCGGCAAGUGUGCUCACUGCCCACUAGUGUGUAUAUGGGUGUUUCACUGCAUGGAUGGGUUUUAUUUUCAGGGCAAAACUAAUGAAGCAAACUUUAGGCAACAAACAUGUCUUGGCUGAACUACUACAUUUGGAAUAUGGUCCAUUUGAGCCUUAGAAUGUAAUGUCAGGAAUGGUCAGCAUUAAUGAUAAUGUCAUUACCAUUAAAGGUUUAUAACAGUAUUAGCAGUAGGCUCUGGAGCAGGUUAAAUGUAUUUAAAUGUGAGUAAUGGGAUUAAUGUGAGUUCAGAACAUACCUUUCAAUAGGAAGAUUGUUCUGUGUAGCACAAUGAAAAGUCUUCUCACUGGUGCACACAAUGCAUGGUACACAUAGCAGUGCACAAUAAAAAAGUACAGAAGCGCAAGGUGGUAGAGUGCAGACAAAUGCUGGAAUUACACAGACAAAUGACAUGGUUUUUUAAGCAUUUCACUCAGCACUAAAAGUGUGAGACCAGCACAUCCUUCUGCAGCAAGUUUUUCUUCUAUUCACUGGUGUAGUACGCCUCUGCAUACAAAGAAGCUGCAUUCAAAAGGUUGAACGCCCCCAGUGACCCCCGGUUGAGGUUCUAUGUGAAAAUAAGUCAGCACAUCUAAAGACUUAAAUAUGGCAUAUUUGUGCAAUUGUUUUUGCACACUUUUUUUAUUUUAUUUAUUGAGUUUAACAUUUGGAUGAACAUAAAAUGUACAGUGUAAAAUGUGCCCACAGUAUGUUGCAUAGCUGUGUAGAGCAUCAAUAUGUAAUUUGACCAAGGAUGCACCAACUUUUGUAAAUGACUGUGUUUAUUUAUUUGCAUGUAGACAACACUGUAUGUGUCAGGUGUGUUUAUUGUGCCUUUAUUUAUGUUAAGCCUCAUUAGAAAGAAAUGGGACAUGCUCAUGUAUAACCUCAUUUGAAUGUGUAUUCAGCCAUUGUAAUGACACAUAAACUGCUUCUUUGUAUUUUAUUAUAA